CGAACACCGACCGGCCUUUCUGACACUCGCCCCCAAGUAAGUAGAUAUCCUACCGCAAGAGCAGCCGUCUCAUAGGCUCUCGUUGCAGUCACUAUUCCUUCGAGAGGGAAACAACUACCCCCCGCCAACUGUCUGCUCCCUCCUCCCUAACCUCCUCACCAUCUAUCUACCCGCAAUGUGCGACGCCGCCCAACCCCUCCCAACCGGCGGCCACCAACACCCGCAACAACCCCGCCCACCCCUUACAUUCACCUCCCCAACCCGCCCAAUCCUCACCUCCUCCAACUACCUCCAAGUCCAAACCCACUACGCCCGUCUCCUCACCGAACACUACAUCUGGCUCUUUGGCGGGUUCGCCACGAAACUGGCUCAAAAUCGUACCCUGUUACAACGUUACCUCCCGAAAAUCACACCACCACCCGGGGACGAUGAGGAGAGACCCCUGGCGGUGGAUCUGGGUUGCGGACCGGGCUUCCAAACCAUCCCCCUUCUUCAUCUGCAUUACACCGUCCUCGCCCUCGACGCAUCCCCACAAAUGCUCGCUGAACUCACCUCCGAACUCCCGCACCAAAACCUGCCCUCACACCAUCUCACCACAGCCCACGACGACCUCCUCCUCUUCCCAUCGUACGUCCCAGACGCCACCGCCGCCGUCAUCGUCUGCAUGGGGGACACGUUAUCCCACCUCGCGACGCUCAACGAGGUCCGCAAAGUCGUCGCGGAUGCCCACGCGGCGUUGAAACCCGGCGGGAGGCUGGUCCUGCAGUUCCGCGACCUCACACGCCCACUCCGCGGCACAGACCGCUUCGUCCCCGUCCAAUCCGACAGCUCGACCAUCUUCACAUGCUUCCUGGAAUGGGAAGGCGAAUGUGAUGUAGACACCGGCGACGCUGGAUACGUCGAGGGCGACUGUACGGGGAAACGGACACCGCAGCAGGAGUUCAACGGCCUCGCUGCGGGGAAUCAAAAGACUAAUGGAAAUACAACAAGCAUCAACGCAUCACCCCACCACCACCAGGCACACGUCGAGUCUUCCGCCGCACGGGAAAUAGCACCAUGCGGCAGCGGCCGCCGCGUGAAAGUACAUGACCUCGUCUACGUGCGCAAGGGCAAUGGGACGUGGGAUAUGUGCAAGUCGUGGUACCAUAAGCUGGCGUUGAGUAGUGAGUGGGUGGGGAAUUAUAUGCGGGAAGUUGGGUUUGACGUGUUGGCGGAGGAUGAGGGGGAGAGUCUGGGGGGGAUGGAGGUGGUGGUGGGCGUGAAGGUUGGCUCUUAG